CGGGAUCCUCCCCAGGUGGGCAUAGUUAAUCCUUACAUUUCUGGCGUGACGAGUACUCCUGCCACCUUCGCAAACUCCAACGUUCCUCAAAGUUCAUUCACCAGGGCCUCAUCUACAGCCUCGGCAACAGACCACGUCGGUGUGACGUUGGAGCCUAUCCCUUUGGUUACUUAUGGAGAAACAAAUGUUUCCAGAGCUGCAUUCAACCUACAGAAUGAUGUGGAGCCCAUGGAGCAGCCCCAUCUCACGUCUGUUUUGUUGGAUAGCAACAGUCUCAGCCCCAGUGCACUGGCAUUUUUGUCACAGCAGUGUCAUCAGCUUGGCUCUAGCCAACUAAACGCAAUCAAUAUGAGUCAACUGUCGUCGCAGGCUAACCAACUAAGCACGAGCCAUCUGGGCCAACUGUCGCAGCAGGCAAUGCAACUAAACGCAAGCAGUCUAGGUCAACUGUCCAAACAGACAAACCAACUAAGUGCAAGCAAUGUGGGUCAGCUGCUACAACAGACCAACCAACUGAAAACAAGCAAUCUCGGACAACUGUUACAACAGUCCAACCAUCUAAAUGCAAGCAACCAGGGUCAACUGUCACAACAGACCAACCAUCUGAAUGCAAGCAACCAGGGUCAACUAUCACAACAGCUAAACCAG